GCGGCCCCGGCAGCGCUGGGCUGGAGGAGACUCGUGGUUCCCGAGUGCGCUGGGAUGAAGGAUGCUCUUAGUGUGCUGUAGGAUGCUCGUGGUCCCUGGGAGCGCUGGGCUGUAGGACGCUAGUGAUCCCCGGACCACCUGGGCUUUAGGAUGCUCCUGGUCCCCGGGAGCUCUGAGCCGUAGGAUGAUCGUGGUCCCCGGGCGCGCUAGACUGUCGGAUGCUCAUGACCCCGGGGGGCUCUGAGCUGUAGGACGCUCGUGGUCUCCGGACCCUCUGGGCUUUCGGGUGUUUGCGGUCCUCGGGCGCACAGGGAUGUAGGAUGCUCGUGAUCUCCGGGCGGGCUGGGCUGUAGGAUGCUCUUGGUGUCUGGGCUUUAGGAUGAUCGAGGUCCUUGGACGCCCUGGUCUGUAGGAUGCUCUCGGUCCUCGGAUGCCUGAGCUGUAGGAUGCUCGCGGUCCUCGGACGCCCUGGGCUGUAGGAUGCUCUUGGUUCCCCGGCGCGCUGGGAUGUAGGAUACUCUUGGUCUCCGGGUUUUAGGUUGCUCGUGGUCCUCGGGAGCGCUGGACGGUAGGAUGCUCUCGGUCCUCGGAUGCCCUGGGCUGUAGGAUGCUCGCGGUCCUCGGAUGCUUUGAGCUGUAGGAUGCUUGCGGUCCCCAGGCGCGCUGGGCUGUAGGAUACUCUUGGUCUCCGGGCUUUAGGAUGCUCGUGGUUCUCGGGAGCGCUGGACUGUAGGAUGCUCUCGGUCCUCGGAUGCCCUGGGCUGUAGGAUAAUCGCAGUCCCCUUGCGCGCUGGGCUGUAGGAUGCUCUCGGUGUCCGGGCUUUAGGAUGCUCGUGGUCCUCGGCCACGCUGGACAGUAGGAUGCUCUCGGUGCCCGGGCGCGCUGGGCUGUAGGAUAAUCGCGGUUCCCCUGCGCGCUGGGCUGUAGGAUGCUCUCGGUGCCCAGGCGCGCUGGGCUGUAGGAUGCUGUUGGUCUCCGGGCGGUCCGGGCUGUAGGAUGCUGGAAGUCCCGGGCCGGCGUCGGGGGCGUCGGGGGCGUCGGGGGCGUCGGGGGCCGCAGCGGCCGGAGCAGGGGUCCAUGGAAGGGGCCGGCCUCCCCCUCCCCUGCCUCCUCCCGGCCCCGACCCCCGGGCCUCUUGUCCGGCUGGGAGCCGGGGCCGCCCUGCCCGACAGCUGGCUGCUCUCCCCCGCCCACCAGGCCUCUCCUUCGCCAGCUCCGCGUCCUGCCGCUGCCCUCCUUCCCGGCGGGGGCUACUGGCCCCUGCCCUGCCCCUCUUUCCUGCCCCUGGGCCCGGGGCCCGCAGGACCAGACCAUCCUCUUCUUCACCCGUUUCCCCUGAUCCACGGCCAGUGGAUGUUUGGGACCCAUUCUCCAGCUUUGGCCUAUUCUCCCUCUUCUAAUGUGGAAUUGAUCCCCAUUUUCCCAACCGUGUACAGUUCCACUCCUUACCCUCCUGCUGGGAAAAGUUGGAUAGAACAGAGGAUUCCUAACUGUAAGAUAUAUUUCAAUAACGCGUUUGCUCUGGAUUCAGCAUGGACUCCUCCUGAGGACUCAAGACCCUUCCAAGGUCAUGAGACGCCUCAUUUGUUCCCUCAUCUGGCUGUGGCAAUCACAAGUUCAACUCCCACUGCCAGACCUCUCCCUGCAGUGAGAUUAAUGCCACAAUCCAGAACAGGUGGCUGUCAGAAUGGCAUCAAACCAGUUGGCAUCAAUCCAACGUUUUCCAUUGCUGCCCCCGCUGCCACUCCGGUCACGGUGGAGCCCGAGAGGCUGGAGGGGCCUUCGGCGACCAACAUGCCACCCUGUCACGUCUUGACUCUGGCGCCCAUCAGAAUCCCCCUCCUGACAUCCCCCUUGUCAGGUUCUCCCUCCAGAAUUGAGAGCUGCUUGGCUCCCCUGUUGCCAGCUCAGCUCACGAGAGUAACAACCAUCUCCACUCCAGCCGUGAGAUUCGUCACAACCGAUUUGGUGGAGCAAAAAUCUGCAGAUAAAAGGAAAGAGUCAAGCAGAGUUUCCUGCCCCUCCUCCUUGAUUCUACACACGGAGAGGACAAGUCACGCUGCGCAGAAUGAAGAAAAGGAAUGUUCUUUGCUGGGGCGUGAGGACAACAGCUCAUCAAAAGACAAUAAGCCUGUCGCGUCUACUCCUGUCCCGGGAUCUCCUUGGUGUGUCGUCUGGACUGGAGAUGACCGAGUCUUCUUCUUCAACCCAACAAUGCAACUCUCAGUGUGGGAGAAACCGACCGACUUGAAGAAUCGUGGUGAUAUCAACAGGAUCCUUGAAGACCCCCCUCACAAGCGCAAACUGGAACCUUCAGCAACAGGAAAUAGUGGAGAUUCCAGUUCCGAAGACGUAAAUGAAGACCAGAGCUUGAAGACAAAGAGAAACAAGCUGGAAGGCUCUCCGGAUGAUCAGCAGGAUCCGCUCGGAGCAGAAGAGAAAGCUGAGACAAACCCCCCCUGCCAGCUCAUGUUUCCUCUGGAAGAAAGGCUAGCACGUUUCCGCGAUAUGCUUCUGGAAAGAGGGGUGUCUGCGUUUUCCACGUGGGAGAAAGAGUUACACAAAAUCGUGUUUGACCCACGCUAUCUGCUUCUAAACUCUGAUGAGAGAAAACAGGUUUUUGAACAGUUUGUCAAGGCGAGAAUAAAAGAAGAAUACAAAGAGAAAAAAGGAAAGUUUCUGCUAGCCAAAGAAGAAUUCAAAAAGCUUCUAGAGGAGUCCAAAUUGUCACCCAGAACAACCUUUAAAGAAUUUGCAGAGAAAUACGGCCGAGAUCAGAGAUUUCGGCUCGUACAAAAGAAGAAGGACCAAGAGCACUUUUUCAACCAGUUCAUGCACAGUGUCAAAAAGAGGGACAAGGAAAACAGAAUCAGACUAAGAAAAAUGAGAUAAGAAUUUAGGAGCGUCGCAAUAAGGCUACGCCAGCACCGUGACUACCGGAGGAAUGGAAAUGAAAGCUUUUCGGGUGGUUAUUUUUGUCGUCAAAAAUAUGGUGACGAAGAACGAACAGGCACAAAGGAGUUGGAUGCUGUCGAAUGCUGUAGCCAAUUAAGGUUGUUAUGGUCGCUCGAUGGGAUGAUACACGGGGUUCUCAGAGGAUUUACGUUUCAUAUUGAAGCUCUCUUUUGUACGACGUUCGGAGUUUGCUGUAUUUCUGAUUGCCAUGAUGCGUCAAUCCCUCAUUUGUUUUAAUUAUGCAAAUCUCCUGUAACAUACCCCCAAAUUAUAACCCAACACCGGUUUGUAGCAGGACAGAGACCGAUGCCAUCUCUAUCCAUUUCGGCACAUUUUCCUCCCUGAAGUAAACUAUUGGAAACUUUAGGGAGAAAUGUAGUGCAGUAACUGCGAUUCUUUGAAAGAAAAGUUGUCGUGAGAAGACCAUUACUCCGCUCUCCAUAGGUGUACAUGUAGUUUUCUCUGUAGUGAUAGGGUGUUAAUUGUCAACCAUAGUGAAGAAUGUGAAAACCUUGACACGUAAUUCCAUUCUCUUGGAAGCUUCCGAUAUUCUGAAAGCGAUGCGUGACAAAUGAUGGGUCUUUUGAGCUCCGAGUGAGGAUGAUACUUGUCCAAUAGAAUUCCUGGAAAAGAAAAAUCAGAAAGUUAUUUUGUAAAACGUGUCCUCUUACUAUCUGAGUUCUUUAUAUUGUAUGCCAAGUUUGCAUGAGAUUUUGCUCAUCAUCUUUGUAUAAAUAAAUAUUUUACCUUUUUUUAA